AUGGAUCGAUUGGUUAAGCCAAAUGUGAAGGACUUGAGCCUCGUGUUCACUAGAGACCAAAAGUGUCGCACCACUUUUGAGUUAACCAACUUGAUGCACACCAUGCCCGUCGUGGUUUUUCUUGAUACAACGAGCCCGGCUCUGCUCUCUUUCACCCAUCCGUUUUCGGUUAUCCCACCUUUAGGUACUAUGUCCUACACUCUUUUAUCUCAACCAUUAGACCACCCACCACUUUCGGUCCCUACUGCCAACGUUCUUGUCCAGUCAUCGAUGUUGUUGACCCGAAAAACAGACCAGGAAAGUCUCCGGCUCGUAUUUUCAAAACGUGGGCCACAUAUCUUCAAAGAUGCCACAAUCCCUGUCUCGUUUGUCGGGCCCCAAGUUGUCGAGUUUCUCCUCUCAUCUCGACAUUCCAAAACCGUUGAUACCAUGUUUUUUUUAACAAAAUCCGUUCCCUUUUGCAACGAGUCUAGCCUUAUUUCGUUGCUGAAAUCGGCUGUUUUGGCUGGGAACUCUCACUUUGUUACAUUUUUAAAAAAUAAUGGGGCCAAUGUAAACCACAGGAGCAAAACCGGAGAAUCAAUGAUGUCAUUAGCCAUACGGUCAGGAAAUGUGGAUGUGGUUCGGGCCAUAGUCGAGUCAACGUUCAUGGUUGACCAUUCGUUGGACCGGUUUUUACAUGAUGCAGCUUCUAUGAACUCUGUUGAUAUAAUGGAAUUGUUGUGUAUGAGUUAUUUAGAUAUCGAUAUAAACUCUAUCGAUUCUCGAGGCCAAACACCUCUACAUAUAGCAUCAAAGCAUGGUUACAUCGAAGCCAUUGAUUUUCUAGUUACAUUAGGGAGUGACCCUGCCAUUGUUGACGACAACGGGUGGACCCCGCUUCAUUUUGCAUCUAGCGAGGGGCACGUAUUAGCCGUCGAGUUUUUGUUAAACUCGUGUUCUUAUGUUAAGUACGCAUUGACAAAAGAGGGAAAGACAGCGAUCGCUCUUGCAUACGAAAAUGAUCAUAUGGAAUUAUAUGACAUGUUGUAUUUGGGGGAUGUUUUGCUUAGAGCCGCGACUAUCAACGAUGUUAAUGGACUAAAGAAGUGCUUAGCCGAAGGUGCGAAUGUGAAUGGGAAAGACCAAAAUGGAUGGACGGCUUUACAUAGAGCAGCUUUUAAAGGUCGGGUUGAAAGUGUGCAAGCUUUGUUAGACAAUGGUGCCCGGGUCGACUUGGUGGAUGACACCGGGUGCCCAGCUCUGCAUAGAGCUAUAGACUCGGGUCAUGCUCAAGUAGCCUUGCUAUUAGUAGCUGGAGGAGCCCGAGCUAACACAAAAUCUCUUAUUGGUCAUAUGGUUUUUGAUAUGGAUUCGGGUAAGAGUACUCAGCAUUCGCUCGUUGCUCCGCUAUGCUAA